AUGGGAUGGUUCCCAUGUUCAGGGCCACCAAAGCAUAAAUCUAAAGAUGGCUCCAAAGAUGGAUCGUCCAAUAAAAUAGCAGCCAGGACUUUCCAUUUCCGCGAAAUGGCUGCUGCUACUAGAAACUUCCGGAGUGAGUGUCUUUUAGGCGAGGGAGGUUUUGGCAGAGUGUAUAAAGGACAGCUGGAGGGCUCCAGCCAAAUUGUUGCAAUCAAGCAACUCGACCGGAAUGGAUUGCAAGGAAAUCGAGAAUUUCUUGUUGAAGUUUUGAUGCUGAGUCUUCUGCACCAUCCAAAUCUUGUUAAUCUAAUUGGAUAUUGUGCUGAUGGAGAUCAAAGGCUUUUAGUUUACGAAUAUAUGUCGAUGGGUUCUUUGGCCGAUCACCUUUACGAUCUUGAGCCCGGCAAGAAAGGGCUCGACUGGAACACGAGGAUGAAAAUUGCUGCCGGGGCCGCAAAAGGGCUCGAGUUUUUACACGACAAGGCUAGCCCGCCCGUUAUUUACCGUGACUUAAAAUGUUCGAAUAUUCUGCUCGGUGAGGACUAUCAUCCGAAGCUAUCUGAUUUUGGCUUGGCUAAAUUAGGGCCAGUUGGAGAUAACACGCACGUCUCGACUAGGGUAAUGGGUACUUAUGGGUACUGUGCGCCCGAGUAUGCAAUGACGGGGCAACUUACUCUGAAAUCGGAUGUUUACAGCUUUGGUGUUGUUCUUCUCGAGAUAAUCUCAGGCAGGAAGGCAGUUGAUACUUCGAAAAAAGGCGGGGAACACAAUCUUGUCCUAUGGGAUCAGCCCAACUUGCGGCCCGCAAUGGCCGAUGUUGUCACGGCCCUAACAUAUUUAUCGGUACAAAAUUACGACCCAGAUGAGGAGCCCAAUCAGAGCCCAAGCACAAGACUUGGGACCCCUCCUAGGAUGAAAGGUGACUUUGACAAAUCAAGGAACAGUAAUGCAGGAUCUGAAAUAGAACAGACCAAAAGACUGUAUUGA